CACGGAUAACAGAAAAUUAGAUUCCGGAUGUGAAUAUCCAAUUCUUUUCUCAGUUCUCUGCACUCGCAGCCUCCAGCAUCAAAAAGGUUCAAAACCAUCAGAAAAUAAAACCCCUAUCGACUACAUCUACAACCCAACCUCAACCUUCCAUGGCCUCAUCAACCCAGCCAGCGCCUAAUCGCCACCACUCUAACCUUUUCCACUCCGCCACCACUGCUCUUAUCUCUCUCGUCUCCUCUCCUAAAGCGUCACCGUUGUCAACAAUCCCGUUAUGUCCUCCUAAAAUUUGCAUUCCUUUCCAGUUUGCUGAUUCGUCUUAUCCUCUCAUCCAAUCCAUCCGCUCCCCCUUCGACUCUAAUCAGCCAGAAUCGGUCUCUCCAAAAUCUGCCGCCGUCAAGGGCUUGUCCUCUGCCGAGUCGAACUCGGGCUUCCCAUCGACAGUCAGGAUUGCGGGUCUCAAAUCAAAUGGCAAAAGUGGUGGGCCCGCUUUCGUCGGUCAGGUUUUCAGCAUGUGCGACCUUUCAGGGACUGGGCUCAUGGCUGUUUCUACCCAUUUUGAUAUUCCUUUCAUUUCCAAAAGAACACCUGAAUGGCUUAAGAAGAUAUUUGCAACAGUCACCAAGAGUGAGAGGAAUGGUCCUGUUUUCCGUUUCUUCAUCGAUUUAGGUGAUGCAGUUGCAUAUGUUAAACGGCUAAAUAUUCCAAGUGGUGUGGUGGGCGCUUGUCGUCUUGAUUUGGCAUAUGAACAUUUCAAGGAGAAACCUCACUUAUUUCAGUUUGUUCCAAAUGAGAAACAGGUCAAGGCAGCAAAUCAACUUCUCAAGAAAAUUCCUCAGGGUAAUGGAAGGAGGAAGGUUGAUGGGGUUCCUGUAUUCACUGCCCAAAAUUUAGAUAUUGCCAUAGCUACUGCAGAUGGGAUCAAAUGGUAUACGCCAUACUUCUUCGAUAAAAAUAUGCUAGAUAACAUUCUUGAAGAAUCUGUUGAUCAGCAUUUCCACUCUUUAAUUCAAACUCGGCACAUGCAGCGCCGACGUGAUGUGGUAGAUGACAACUUGGCAGCAGAAGUCAUUGAAGAAAUGGGUGAUAACAUGUUGGAGCCUCCGGAGGUUCAGGAAAUGCUGGAUGAGAUGGGUCAUCCUGGAAUACCUUUGAGCGUCAUUUCUAAGGCUGCUGAAAUCCAGCUUCUCCAUGCUGUUGACAGAGUGCUCUUGGGUAAUAGAUGGUUGAGAAAAGCAACUGGCAUCCAGCCCAAGUUUCCGUAUAUGGUCGACUCAUUUGAGAAAAGGAGUGCUUCUUCGUUUCAAAGAGCCUCCGAGUCAACCAGCUAUCUUGCAAACCCUAAAACAGACAGUACUUCGAAUUGCACGUUCAAAGACAAUGCUCAAGCCGAUCAUGAACAGAAAACAGACCUGCGGAUUCCAUUUGGAGAUUGGUUUAGGCAUCCGUGGUUGAAGCAAAAAUGGAAACCUGAAAAGCUACCAGAAAUAAGAUCACACGAGUCAUUAAGUGAAUGCACAAAGCAAAAGUUAGAGCGUAAUUCUUUUCUUCCAAAGAUUACAAUGGUUGGUAUCUCAACUGGAGAGGCAGGACAAAUGAGCAAAGCUAGUUUAAAAAAGACAAUGGAGGAUCUAACUAGAGAGUUGGAGCAGACAGAUCGGGAAAAUGCCACUGGUAGUAGCAGUAAUAGUAAUGAGUUAGAAAAUGAAUAUCGGGAUCCACUAUUUGUUGCAAAUGUGGGUGAUUACUAUUCUGGUAUGUCAAGGACAAAUUCAUCUCGAUGGGUCCGUGGAGGAAGUAGAUGAAGUCUCCUUGAGAAAAGAAAGCUUCUUAGAAAUAUGUUGCCUAAUUUCAUUUAACAAUAGAGAGGGAAAUGUAAAGUUGAUAGUGUAAUGUUUAAUAGGUUCGUAUGUUCUUGGCUAUGUCACCAAUUUUUUGCAGGUCAGUUGAUUUGGAUGCAUAAUUUGUGCAUUCAAGUUGUCCGUUCUCAGUAUUGUAACAUGCAACUUAUUUUGUUAUUGAGGUCUGUGAGUUGAGCCGGUGGUGUCAAUAGGGCUUGCAGUUUUUAUCAAAUAAUAACGCUGUAUAACUGAUGAAUUAUUAUUUUGCACCCUUCUGCCCUUCUUACAA